ACAUUUAAUACAUUUGCACAACAAAAACAUUUUGCUAUAAUUGCGCAGCAAAAUUUUUGUUUCUACCUUUUAAAACUGUCGCUCUUUUAGGAUAGAUUCCUACCAAAUAUGAGUUCGAAAAACCUGCACGGUAUCUCGUCAACCCAAGAUACAGAUGAUGAAGGCUGUUGUAGCAGUGUGUGUGCUGUCAUCUUGACUGUGUUAUCAUACAUUAUUGUGAUAUGUACGUUUCCUUUAUCACUCUUGUUCUGCCUCAAGAUUGUUCAAGAGUAUGAGAGAGCAGUCAUGUUUCGUCUGGGUCGUCUAUUGCCAGGUGGAGCUAAAGGGCCAGGUUUGUUUUUCAUCCUACCAUGUAUUGAUUCUUAUCAAAAAGUUGAUCUACGUGUGGUGUCCUUUGAUGUCCCACCACAAGAGAUUCUCACCAAAGACAGUGUGACAGUUGCAGUAGAUGCUGUUGUCUAUUAUAAGAUCUACAAUGCAACAAUGUCUGUCACGAAUGUGGAAAAUGCUAGCAACUCCACAAGAUUGUUGGCACAAACAACACUUCGUAAUGUUCUGGGUACCCGCAGCUUAAGUGAGAUCCUCUCAGAGAGAGAAACUAUCAGUCAUGCAAUCCAGACAAACUUGGAUGAGCCAACGGACCCAUGGGGUGUGAGAGUUGAGCGUGUUGAAGUUAAAGACGUGCGUCUGCCUCAAAACUUGCAAAGAGCCAUGGCAGCUGAAGCUGAGGCAGCAAGAGAAGCAAGAGCCAAGGUGAUUGCAGCGGAGGGUGAAAUGAACGCAUCACGUGCUCUCAAGGAAGCAGCAGAAGUGAUUGCAGAGUCACCACAAGCUUUGCAACUACGAUACUUGCAAACAUUGAGUGCCAUCUCAGCUGAGAAGAACUCCACUAUAAUCUUCCCAUUACCAAUCAGUAUGUUGAAUGCGUUGAAGAAUCAUGGUUCCUAAACACGUGGAUAAACUGACUUUUAUUUGCACCAUUUUUCGUCUAUAACUAUAUUAGAACUAUUGAUUAACUUGCACAUGAUUCACGUUAUGUUGUAGUGUGAACACACUUGAUUUUUAUUAGAGCUUGUUAGGCUCUAAGCUAUUAACAUAUAUUUACUCGUUCUUUCACACUAUAUGAUUUGUCAGAUCCGAAUCUCGUCUUGAUGUACACGUUAUUAAUGAUUUCCUGUCAACAGUAAGUCCAUUUAGCUGUAAAAAAUUACAUCCAUUACAAGAAUGGACAUUCAGAUCCGAACAAUCUCUCCGUAAGAACAUUACAGCAGGAUCUGUGAGCAAACGAAAUUAAUGCUUUAUAGUAAUCACACACUAAAUUAGCCAAUAUUUUAAGCUGAUGUUCAAGAUUGGUCAAGGAUAUAUUGAACGCAAUAUCUCUUGCAACUCCAAACUGUAUUCCUGAUUUAAAAACAAGUUUCAUUGUUUGUUAUAUGAUCUAACUAUUAUUAGUGAAUAAUUCACAAUGUAUGCUACCAUAAUCUGUAAUACAGACAUUCGGAUAAUAAAAUAUAAUCGUUUAAA